AUGGGGUCGGUUUCCCCAUUGAGAAUUAAAUGCAUUACUGCUGUUCCGGAAUUGGUGGUCUCAAACAGCAAGGGCGUUGCGCAGCAGCCAUCCGUUCCUCUGGAGAUAUGGUCGAGCGACGGCGCCGAUGUCAGAGACAAGCCUGCGGGCUCGUUGAAACCUGUUGCACUGGAGCUCGCCAAAAAAGCACAGGAGCGUUACACGCUCAAGCUAACUAUCAAAGGGACGUGCAUAUUCCCUGAGCCCUGGCCGCGUACCGCAACCUGCCAACUGCAGGGCACGGUAAAGGGGUCCACGGACAAGAUCAUCACGAGCGAAGACUGGACAGUCGUACUAGAUCCAACGUCUCCCCCAAAACGCGAGUCCAGGGAAUUUGAGUUCUCGAACCUGACGGUCCCUUCGCCCUUCAAGGAGGGCAUUCCCCCGGUGCCGAAUUCCCUAGCGGGUGACAUCAAGUGGAAGAUAGUGAUACCUGGGGGAGACCCAAAGAAUGACCUGGAACAAAGAAAUACCACGCGAGUGGAGUUUUGCUGGCUUUAUGGACCUGCACCUACUGGCCCAAGCCUGAUUCGCACUUCGCUCGAACGCACCGUUGUUGAUUUCCAAGGCAAAUAUCCCAUCGGGCUUCUCAGAGCGGUCCUCCCAACUCGCAACCAGCUGCAGGCGCAGCCAGACCCAAAGCCAGAUCCGGACCCAGCACUUCCCGCGGGCCCUGAGGGGUGGUGGAUCCAGUACUGCGAAAGAUGGUUGUGGAAGAGCGGCCUGAUCUACAAUACUAUCUCGGGUCGAUCUGCGUUCGGCAUGGGCUACUGCGGGGGCAGCUUUGACCUGGAGGAGUUUGUGUUAAUCAUGAACAUCACCGACCCGACAGCCAAGAGAACAUUGGUCAACUCGUUUGAUGUGACUGCCAUAGCCCAGCUCGCUCUUAUGCUGGCGGCCCAUCGCCAGACCAACGACCUGUGGGCAACCCAUUGGGUUUGCAAGGCGCCUUUUGGAUAUAUAAACCCAACUAUCCCUUUGGCUCUGGGUGUUGAAGUCAACAACCCGUUCUAUCAAGGAAUCGAUGGGCCAUAUGCAGGGAAGCCACUAAUUCCAACAAAGGAACUGACCAAUGUCCCCGAGUGUAAAGCUCGAGCAUGGCUGGAAGUUGAUCUGGAAAAGCCAGCGCGAGUAGUCGAUUUGAGUCACAGAUUGGGCGAGUUGGCGGACUGUGGACAGCGAGAUCGGGACGAAUAUGCCGCCGUACACAUGGUGGCUGCCACAAAGACCGACCUGGCGGAUUUCCGAGACGAUAUGCUUUCCAAUGGCGGGCAGUGUCAUUCCAACACAGACAACCAGUUCAGCGUGAAGCAGUCGGGCGAGGUUGCUGACCCCGAGCCUCCUAUUGCCCGUGUUGGUGUCUAUGACCUCCUGGGCGUGGGCACUCCGCGUCGAGGUGCCAAACAGGCUUCCGUCGUGCCCAUCCCUCCUGUGAUGCGAGGAAUCAUCACGGAAAUGAUGGCAAGGGGGAAGAAUCCGCAGUGGCCCCAGCUCGGAUAUAACGACGCUUCUCUGCGCUUUUCUAGUCUCCAGUCAAUUAUUCAAGACGGUCCCCUCAAGGACAAUACAAGCGACACCAGUGUCCGAGUGACCAUGGGCGCAACAGUCAUCAAGUAUUCGGUUGACGAUGUGUCUCUUACGUCUACCGUGAAAGGAAAGAUGGUGAUCCGCAUCCACGUGUUCGACCAGCUCCACGAUGCCUACGAGGCCAUGGCAUUUGAGUUGAGCAAGUGUGAGCGCGAACUCUCGUCGGUAAUCAGACCUCUCUAUCCCGCGUUGGGCCACUAUUCCCUCCGGACACCGGAUUCGUUCCUUUGUGUGCGCGGCAACAUCUUCAUUGAGGUCACUCUGAUCGGCAUGGUCCGUCCUGACGACACGGGCUACCAGCUUUUGACCGAUGCGAUUGGGGGCCUGGACCUUUACUUAUCCAAGCACGUUGUGAGUCGGAGCCAGGCCCGUCGACCGGGUAUGCAGCUUGUGGAAGAACCCCCAGCCACGAUGAAGCCAGGCAAGACAUUCGAGGUCCGUUUGCGCGAUACGGAACUUCUUGACCAACGCGUCUAUGCGCAUUCCAGCCAAGCAUCGGUGGUAGUCCCUGCGGGGCCGGGGGAUGAUGGCUAUACGCAGCGCUUCUUUGUGAUGGAGCCCGAGUAUCCCCCGGAGAGUCUGAAGGUCACGAUUGCCGGCGCCCAUGCUGAUACUUUGCAUCCUGGAUUUGUCUCGUUUAAAAUGGAGGUCAUGGCGCCUUAG